AUAGAUCUAAAAGAAAAGUACGAACAAUAAUUUUACAAGUUUCGGUCAUUGUAGCAGAUUAUCGACCGCGUUGAUCCCAAUUUCGUCGCCAUCCAUCGCCGCUGCCGCCAUGUGGAGAAACUCCCGGAGUUUCUCAUCCAAACUCCGGUUAUCAUCUUCAUCUCCUAACCCUUCAAUCACAACCUCCAUUUCCACCUUCUAUCGUCACGUCGGCGUCGGUCGGCGCCCCCUCUAUCCUUAUUCAUCAUCGUUGUACUCUUCUUUAUCAUCGUCGCCGUCCUCUUCGGAUCCGAUCAGACUAGGUUUUUCGAAUUCCCAUGGAUUUCGGGUCUUUUCGAGCGUUGCCGAUCCAUCGUCUUUGGAUUCCGCACCGGUGGUUUCCAGAGCCAGAGAGGCCGUGGACUUAGCUCGCCACUAUGGUCGCUGUUACUGGGAGCUCUCUAAGGCUCGUCUCAGCAUGCUAGUAGUUGCAACUUCUGGGACUGGAUUUGUUCUAGGGAGUGGAAGUACUAUGGACCUUGGGGGACUUUGUUGGACUUGUGCUGGUACCAUGAUGGUUGCAGCAUCUGCAAACUCCUUAAAUCAGGUUUUCGAAAUAAAAAAUGAUGCUAAAAUGAAGAGAACACACCGAAGACCACUACCCUCAGGGCGCAUCACAAGUGCACAUGCAAUCACCUGGGCAACUUCUGUUGGUUUAAUUGGGACUGCUAUGUUAGCUACCAAGACUAAUAUCUUGGCAGCUGGUCUUGCAGCUUCAAAUUUGAUUCUCUAUGCAUUUGUAUAUACCCCACUCAAGCAGAUUCACCCUGUCAAUACAUGGGUUGGUGCCAUAGUUGGUGCCAUUCCACCACUUCUUGGGUGGGCUGCUGCUUCAGGACAAAUAUCUCUAAAUGCAAUGAUUCUCCCUGCUGCCCUUUACUUCUGGCAAAUACCCCAUUUUAUGGCCCUUGCAUAUUUGUGCCGUGAUGAUUAUGCUGCUGGAGGGUACAAAAUGUACUCUCUUGCUGAUGCUUCUGGUCAGAGAACUGCUGCGGUGGCUUUAAGAAACUGUCUGUACCUCGUUCCUUUGGGAUUCUUGGCUUAUGAUUGGGGCAUCACUUCGGGAUGGUUUUGUCUAGAAUCAUCCAUCCUCACACUUGCAAUCAGUGCGACUGCAUUUUCGUUCUAUCGACACUGCACGAUGCAGAAAGCAAGAAGGAUGUUUCAUGCUAGCCUCUUGUAUCUUCCUGUUUUCAUGUCAGGACUUUUAUUUCACCGUCUUUUGGAUAACGAGCAGACAAUGGAAGAAGAUAGUUCCAAAAGGAUGUUGGAUGAUCUAGUACAGGAGGAUAGAUAUAUUGCCCAAAAGAACAAGACGGAGCAGAGUCGAGGUGUCGCCCAAAGUCGACCGCCUGUUGCGUAUGCUUCGGUUGCACCCUUCCCUUUUUUGCCUGUUCCAUUAUAUGCUGAUUCUUGAUGAACUUAGUUCCUGUUUUCUUUUGUAGACACCUUCCAGAGCUUCCUCUUUUGAGUGAAAUAAUGAAGGAUCUCAAAUUAUAUAAUCAAUUAUUGGUCAUUUUGUAUGGUAAUAGAAUUAAUUAUACAGAGGUUUACUAUUGUGACAUUUUUGGAAUAUGCAGUGAGAUUAUGCAUUAUCACCCUUCUGAUUU